AAUUAAUAAACUAUAAUCUUAAUCCAAAAAAAAUUAAAUUUAAAUAUAAUAUCAAAUUAAAUACAAAUAAUUAUUUUCAUUAAAUAAAAAAAAAUAUUGCGGCAACUAUGCGUAACUUAACCUAAUAAAUAAAUGUCAACAAUCAACUUGUAAUAAAAAUGAUUGUAAAAAAUAUUGUGGACUGUAUGGUAAUGUAUUUUUACAAUGCUGGUUAUACAGAGUGUUACAAGGAAGGGAUAUAAGCUCUGUGCCUAUGGAUCCGUGGGUUUUGGGUACGACUCAGGAGGCAGUGAUCAAGCCGCCUGUGGAAGACCAUAUAGAUCUGGUAAAAUGUACCAACCACCAUGUGACUUAAACCGAAUGGGGUACUGCGUAUCUGCCGGACAGGCAUACCCAUGGCACGCAGUCAAACGCUUCGUAAAGGACAACCAGGGGCUGAUGAAAAGGAUGUAUGGAGACCAACGUCAUGGUCACGUUCUAAGAGUCGAACUCCAAGAAGAUUUAGAUGACUAUGAUCCCUUAAAAGACUGGCAACCUCCAAGAGACAAAUACCCCAGGUACUCUCGUUACGAACACGACGAGGAUAUAGAAAACGAUGUUUUCGCCGAAGACGAUCUUUUCUCCGAACCUUACAAUGAACCCAGAUUUUUAAGGGACGACGUCAAAAACGACGAUGUUUUGAAAACCAAGUUCGUGUACUCAGAAGAACCCGCAAUGGCGAUCAAAUUGGCUGGGUUAAAAACAGCGCCACAUUUUCGACCCACCACACAGAGAAACUCUAUCGAUAGACUUCCGGAGAAGGAUAUAGAUAGCAAAAAUAAAGAUAUAACUAAAAUUGUUGUGGCAAAAGAGGAGGAAGUCACUACAUCAAACUCUGUAAAGGCUUCAACAACCAAAACCGUGACCACCACGACCACAGAAGAACCCACAACGACCACAAAAGUGGAUGAAAUAUCGUCGACAGAGUUAAACACAGAGCAAACCACCAUCAUCGAAACGAUAGACCGAGUUGGUGAAUCAUCUGAAGGUGAAAGUUCAAGUACGGAGACACCAAGUGAUGUUAGUAGUGUGGAAGAUACACAGGGUGAUAGUAGUAAACCUGGCGCUAUCUUGUUUCAGGACAUGGAUGAUCCGACGAAGAAAAAAAUGAACGUCAACUACAAAGCAAAGGGAGUUAACGCUUGUCCAGUAAAAGAGGAAGUUGUGGCCCCUUUUUGGGCCAACAAUACAAGAGGUGAAGUUCUGGCACUGCUCAACAUGUACCCUUUUGAACAAUACGUUCAUUGGGAAAAAUGCACGUUCGAACAUCGUCAAAUGUACUGCAGAGAAGGUUGCAGAUGCGAGCAACAAUAUCGACUUCACAGGCUUCUGGCCUACGACCCAAAUAAUGAAUGCAGAGGCAUUUUUUCUGACUGGUUCAGGUUCCCUUCUUGCUGUGUUUGCAAGUGCUAUAACAUGCCGCCAGAGUUUAGGGUUACAUCUAGGAGCCCUCGAUUUCAGAAUUUUCCAGAGGACAAUUUUGGAUAGUUUAGGUUUGAAAACUUUAUAAUGAAAACUGCUCUGUUCUUUGUAAAUAAAUAUUGUGUUCAUUUUUGUUAAUUUGCCAUUUAUAUAGUAAAUUUCAGAAUAAAUAAAAUUGUAAAGCUGUUAAAUGCAGUUGAAUGAAGGCUUGUGAUUUAACUUUGUUGUUAUUAUUAUUAAUAAUACUCAUAUAGUUAACAGUUAACAAUACUUACUAUGUAAAAAAUUAACAUUUGUUUUGUAUUAUAUUGUUUUAUUUAUGUAUGUAUCUCUAGUUGUAAGAAUGUAUAUAAUUCUUAAAUUAUGCAUUUAGUUCUUUAGCGCUAUAUAUUUAUGUUCUAGUCUAAUUAAUAAAUAAAUAUUUAACGUCAUGUUUUAAUUAUGGUAAUUAAUAAAACUACUGUUUAUUGUAUAUGGACACACAUUUUUUAUUAAGAAAUAUAAACGCCAAUACAAAAAUAAUGUAUGUAGACAUGUUGUAUAAGAUAUAAACGUAUAUUAGAUAUAUUAUUUGGAACCUGAAGUAAACAAUUAAUAAACAUAUGACAAACAGUUUUCACACAAAUGGUGCAAAAUCAGAUACUUUUUAUCACAACACGAAAUAUAAAAAUAUUAUUAAUAUAGAUAGACACAAUUAGGUAUACCGUUGUACCGAUUGAAAAAUUAUUAUUUUAAAAAUGGAUAGCGUUUAUCGAAAAGGAACCAAGCGCCAAAAACUUUUUUUGGGAUAAAUCAAAUUAUUUGCAAAAAAACUCAUUUUUAAUGCUGCUCAAAAAAUUAAUAAUGAUUUGGGAACCUUCUCAAUCCUUUUGAGAAAAGUGAGUUAUUUUACAAAUAAUUUUACUAAGCCCAGAAACAUUUUUUGGCGCUUGGUUCCUUUUCGAUAAGCGUUAUCCAUUUGUCAAUUAAAAACGAUAAUUUUUAACGGGUACACCUGUUAGUUUAUAUGCUCAAUCUCAAUUUGGCCUUAACACACAAUUGAGCAAUGUGGUGUGUGUUAUGUUGUUAAAGGAAAUUCUUUUAAACAGUUGAAGGUGGUUCCCAGCCUCCAAAAGCUUUUUCAAACUCUCUAGCAACCGCCAAACAUAACCUAUCAUUGUUAGGUUUCGCUAUUACCUGCACUCCGAUUGGCAGUCCAUUUUUAUCCAGACCCAUGGGGAUAUGGGUGGCCGGAACGCCCAAAAUAUUCAUUAUACCCGUAUAACUAAAAUUGAAAGGCUUGAAGAUUGGUUCGUUAUGGUAUGGAGCAGAUGUUGGAUGUGUGGGAUAAAUAAAUACACCAUCAUCUCCGAUGAGAUCGAGAAUAUCAUUUUUUAAGUCGUUUCUCAUGCUGACCAGCUUCUGGUGAUCUGAGUCGCCAUAUUUACACCCUGUUUUGUCAGCUAGACACGUAGCUAGAGCUACGAAAGUAUGUUGGGACAUUCCCAAAGUCCAUUUUAGGAGUUCCACGUAAGGGUUUAUUGUACCGUCAAGGUUGGCCAGUUGGUCCUUAAACUUUGGACCGCUUGGUGCUUUCAUAUUAGCGAACCAUAAGGGAGCGCUCUUUCCGAAACUUUUAAACGAAACCUAA